UCCUUUGAGUCCGGCAUCAUGGCGACGGCCGCCGGCCGAGCGCUGCUGCGGGCCGGCGGGGCUGUGCCGCUGCUGCGGGGAGGAGCCCGGGAGUUACUCCGGCCGCGGCUUGAUGGGGGGACAGACAGUGUGCAGCGCGGUUUCGGUCUCUCCCAUCGUCGGGACACGGUCAUCGUGGAGCGCUGGUGGAAGGUGCCGCUGGCCAAGGAGGGCCGGAAGCCGCGCCUGCACCGGCGACACCGCGUCUACCGGCUGGUGGAGGACACGAAACACGGGCCCAAAGAGAACCUGGAGCUCAUCCUCACGCAGUCUGUGGACGAGCUUGGAGUCCGUGGUGACCUAGUCUCAGUGAAAAAAUCUGUGGGUCGUAAUAAACUCCUUCCUCAGGGACUAGCUGUAUAUGCAUCCCCCGAAAACAAGAAGCUAUUUGAAGAGGAGAAAUUGCUGAGACAACAAGGAAAAUUAGAGAAAAUCCAGACCAAGGCAGGAGAAGCAACAGUAAAAUUUCUGAGAGGCUGUCACCUGGAAGUGGGAAUGAAGAACAAUGUCAAAUGGGAGCUGAACCCUGAAAUAGUUGCCCGCCACUUCUUCAAGAAUCUUGGUGUUGUAGUUGCUCCACAUGCAUUAAAGUUACCAGAGGAGCCUAUCACACGGUGGGGCGAGUACUGGUGUGAGGUGACGGUAAAUGGACUUGACACUGUGAGAGUUCCUAUGUCUGUGGUCAUGUUUGAGAAGCCCAAGACCAAAAGAUACAAGUACUGGUUAGCUCAGCAAGCUACCAAGGCCUUGCCCUCCACCGACUCCCAGACAAUCUGAAUCUCCCCUCUAGUUGUGCAAAGCAGAAUCAAGAACAGUGGAGUAAAAAUGAGCCGGCACCUUGGCCUCACUCCUAGCUCUGACAAAGUGUGGAUUUUAGAGAACAUAUGGACAUGCCAGACUGAAAGGCAUAUGUCUGUGUUGACUCUUCCAUGUUACCAUCUGCACCUCUCAACAGUUCUCACAUCUGGCUUUACUGGGACAGUUCUGCUCAGGAAGUACUAGACUAUAGAUUUAUGUUGCAUUGCAGUGGACUAAAACAGUCUGGAUCCUGUUUAGCCAGAGUUAACUGGAGCAAAUAGAAGAGCUAGCCAUCAUCUCUAGUACUUAGCUCUCAUCAUCUGAACUGAACAUUUAUAUAUCAUACAGAAAUAAAGACCUGUGUUCUUUUU